UCUGGUGCUUAAAGGACAUCGAGAUCUCGAGUGUAUCACAGCAAAAACACGCGCCGGAGAGGAGCGCUUUUAUUUUACGCACAAUAUUAACGCGUUUUUCAUCAUCUCAUGGAUCUGCGGUGACCUGAUGCAUAAACGAAAGAUCCAGAAGGCCUAAACAUCAGUGAUGGCAUCUUACCAUAGCUUGGAUGAUGACGCAAUGGCUUUGAUGGUCCAAGACACAAACACGAUGAAGAAAGAGGAAUUUGUCAAGGAUGAGCCGAUCCAAGAGCAAAGUUCAGAGAAAGUGGACCCGUCCCAGAAGCCGCCGUACUCGUAUGUGGCUUUAAUCGCGAUGGCGAUCCGGGAGAGCUCGGAGAAGAGGCUGACUCUGUCCGGCAUCUACCAGUACAUCAUCUCCAAAUUCCCGUUUUAUGAGAAAAACAAGAAGGGCUGGCAGAACAGCAUUCGACACAACCUGAGUCUGAACGAAUGCUUCAUCAAGGUUCCCCGGGAGGGCGGCGGGGAGCGCAAGGGGAACUACUGGACCCUGGACCCGGCCUGCGAGGACAUGUUCGAGAAGGGCAACUACCGGCGUCGGCGGCGGAUGAAGCGGCCGUUCCGCCCGCCGGCGGCUCACUUCCAACCGGGGAAGUCUCUCUUCGGAGGGGACGGAUACGGCAGCUACCUCGCCGCCCCCAAAUACAUCCAGUCUGGCUUUAUGAACAACAGCUGGCCGCUCACGCAAGCUCCACCGCCGAUGAGCUACGCGUCCUGCCAGAUGGGAAACGGCAACAUGAGUCCCAUAAACGUUAAAGCACUGUCCGCACCAUCAUACAACCCGUACAGCCGCAUGCAAGCCAUGGGUCUGCCGAACAUGAUGAACUCGUAUAACGGGAUGGGCCACCAUCAGCACCAGGCGCAGCAGCUGAGCGCGUCUCCGGCUGCGGCCUCGCCGGUUCCGUCCAACAGCGCGGCGGCUCUCCAGUUCACCUGCUCCCGGCAGCCGAGCGAGCUGUACUCGUACUGGGACCACGAGGCCAAAAACUCCACAUUACACUCUCGGAUUGACAUUUGAAGCGAAUUCAAGCAUGCAUUUGCCGGGAUGUAACGUUCACGCGAAAUCGAACUUUUUUGCGCUUUUUUGAUGGGCGCAGUUUCUGUUUUACGCAUCCGAGGUAAACAGGGUCACUUUUGUUGCUGAGGAGCAAACGAGGCUUAAAUCUCUAGUGUUGCAUGCAAACAACAUAUCCUAGUCCAUAAAAUGGUUUGGACUACAGUGAUUGUGUUUUUAUUAAAUCAGUAGUUGGAAGUUCAAUGAUUUUAGUAAGCGUUUACUUGUCUGUAAGUCAUUUCAGGGUCCAGUUUAGGCCCACACAUACAGUUAUUUUCACUUACGUUGUCGAAAAUGUAUUUGUUUAAAAAGAGGACAGUGGAGGCCUCUUUUAGUAGCCUACCUUUUACAAUUGAUUGUUGGGGACCAUUGUGAAUUUUUACAUUUUGGAUUGUCAAACCAGCACUUAUUUUCUAUUUCUUUACUUUCAAUAAAAGGUUUUUGAUGACGAGAAGGAAUCUGUAUUUGUGACAGGGGGCAAGUUGUGCUGUGCUGUUCACUAAAUGGGUUUAAAACAGUUCAAAUAACACACGAGUUUAACAGAAGAAUUAAUGUAAGUGCUUAUAAAAUUAUAAACUUCACAUUUCUGCCUUUAAACCCUCUAAAGAUUGACCCCAUUGACUUCUAUUGUAAGUGUCUCACUGGAACCUUGAGUCGAAUUAUUAUUAUUAUCAUUAAUAUUAUUGUUGUUGUUGUUGUUGUUGUUGUGGAUAGACUUUAGGCUCUGUGAUCAUUUGUCAGGUUCUGUGCAAAAUGCCUAAAAGAAACUAUACAGGCCUUGUUCUAAAGCAGAAUAUUUGCAUUAUUAAUAAUUAGAGGCAAUAAUUCUUUUUGUUCGCUUAACAGUUCAGCAGAAAUCAUUUAAAACUGAUUAACUGCAAUAGGCCAUGCGACGCAUUUUAUUUCUAUUGUUAUUUUUUAUUAUUAUGUAUUUCGAAAUGCGAGCAGAACAGUGUAAAGUGUGUUUAUAUGAAGCGUUUUUAUUCUACAUUUCAUGUGCAGGACAUAUUGCACAUUUCAGUUUGUCUGGUUACAGUUGUUUUAUUUAAAAUGUCAAGUUUAUUUGUCUCAGGUUAAAGUGUCAUUUUUAUGUAUUAUAAUUGCAAUUAAAUCGCUUAAAACGGCGUGUAUAAAUUAUGUGACACAGAUAAUAACAAAUGAAAAAAUAAGCAGGUCCAAACAGCAAACUGUGUCAUUAUUAUAGCCGUUGUAUUCAUAUUUAGGUGUUUUAUAACAGUGUACAGAAAUCUGUCUCGUGACUGAUUGCACUAUGAUAGUUCAUUAGAAAACAUGUUGAAGAUAAAGAGAAAUAUGCAAAUAAAAGGGAGCAGCAACACUGAUUAUUUUUUGUUGCCUUUAUCACAUCUGAAAAGGAUUUUGCAAACAUGCAAAA